UGUCCUUGCACUUAUGCCGAGAUUUAACCACUCAAGGUCAAUGCUGAAGAGGCUACCGAUCGGAGUAUUUCGGGGAAUAAUAGCCUUAAGCACUGGUAUAAUAACUUACAAAUAUCAUUCACUUGUUGGUACAAUAGUUAACGCAAGUUUCGAACAAAUGCUUGCCUAUAUUUUUAGUGUGACGGUGUUAGUAUGCAACCUACUGUUAACGAUGGUGACUAUCUAGUUGUUGAAAGGCUCUCAAUCAUUUUGGGACGUAUUAGAAGAGGAGAUGUUGUGAUUGCUGGUCAACGCAAAAAGUAUGAUACUACGUAUGUGCUAAAGCGUAUCAAAGGUCUUGGCGAUGACCGAGUUACUUUCUGGGACAAGAGUAAUUUGGAAAUCAUCGCUAAGCAGGUACCUCGAGGUCAUGUUUGGUUAGAAGGUGACAAUACAUUACAGUCAUUAGACUCAAGGUCUUAUGGCCCCGUCCCCAUUUCUCACUUAGAGUACAAAGUAUUUCUCCGUGUAUGGCCGUUAAGUCAUUUUGGACGCCUUCAAACACCAAAACCUGCUACUUGCACGACUGAUGAACCGUGCGACCCUGCAUUUGUACAACGUAGUUUAAAAUGAAGAGGAGAACAGAAAAAGGAUCAGGGUUUUUGAUAACCAUGUUCAUAGAGUUUUUUAUAUUUUAUUUGACUCUUAAUUAUUGACCACUGCUUUUGAAAUUUUCCCAG